UUUUUUCCCCGCGACGGAAGAGCUGCCGCCUGCCUGCCCACCUGAAAUUUAAACUAACACCCGAUCCCGAAAUCGCAGCUCGCCUAAGCGCACCGCACCGCACCGCACCGCCCACGAAACCGGCCUGGGAAACUAACAGACCGCAGGCGCAUGCUGGGCGCAGUCGAGCCCUCAGGCACAGUCUGACAACCAUGGCGGGCACCAGCAGCUCGGGUCCGACGCGGAUCGCGAUUCUCGGCAAAGAGGACAUCGUCGUCGACCACGGAAUCUGGCUGAACUUUGUGACUCACGACCUGCUCCAGAACCUGCCGUCGUCUACCUACGUCCUCAUCACCGACACGAACCUCUACCAUACCUACGUUCCUCCCUUCCAGGCCGUCUUCGAAGCCGCCGCACCGAAAGAUGUCCGCCUGCUCACCUACGCCAUCCCGCCCGGCGAGUACUCCAAGGGCCGCGAGACCAAGGCCGAGAUCGAGGAUUGGAUGCUCUCGCACACGUGCACCCGCGACACCGUCAUCAUCGCCCUCGGAGGCGGCGUCAUCGGGGACAUGAUUGGGUACGUCGCCGCCACCUUCAUGCGCGGCGUCCGCUUCGUCCAGGUUCCCACCACGCUCCUCUCCAUGGUGGACUCGUCCAUCGGCGGCAAGACGGCCAUCGACGUGCCCAUGGGAAAGAACUUGAUUGGCGCUUUUUGGCAGCCGAAGCGCAUCUACAUCGACCUGGCCUUCCUCGAGACCCUGCCGGUCCGCGAGUUCAUCAACGGCAUGGCUGAGGUGAUCAAGACGGCCGCCAUCUGGAACGAGGCCGAGUUCACCGCCCUCGAGGAGAACGCGCCCGCGAUCCUCGAGGCCAUCCGCUCCAAGGGCUCGAGCCCCUCUGCCCGCCUCGCCCCCAUCCGCCACAUCCUCAAGCGCAUCGUGCUAGGUUCGGCCGGGGUCAAGGCUCAGGUGGUCUCGGCGGACGAGCGCGAGGGCGGCCUCCGCAACCUGCUCAACUUUGGCCACUCCAUCGGCCACGCCUACGAGGCCAUCCUUGCGCCCCAGGUCCUCCACGGAGAGUGCGUCGCCAUCGGCAUGGUCAAGGAGGCCGAGCUCGCCCGCUUCCUCGGCGUCCUCCGUCCGGAUGCUGUCGCCCGCCUGACCAAGUGCAUCGCGAGUUACGACCUGCCCACCUCCGUCCACGACAAGCGCAUCGCCAAGCUGUCGGCCAGCAAGGAGUGCCCCGUCGACGUCCUGCUCCAGAAGAUGGCCGUCGACAAGAAGAACGAGGGCUCCAAGAAGAAGAUCGUGCUGCUCUCGGCCAUCGGCAAGACCUACGAGCCCAAGGCCACCGUGGUCGACGACCGCGCCAUCCGCAUCGUCCUGUCGCCCUCGAUCCGCGUCACCCCCGGCGUCCCGGAGAACCUCUCUGUCAGCGUGACCCCGCCCGGCUCCAAGAGCAUCUCCAACCGCGCCCUGAUCCUGGCUGCCCUGGGAGAGGGCACCACGCGCAUCCACGGGCUCCUCCACUCGGACGACACGCAAUACAUGCUCACCGCCAUUGCCCAGCUCGAAGGUGCGACUUAUACUUGGGAAGAUGCCGGAGAGGUCCUCGUCGUCAAGGGUAAGGGCGGCAAGCUCAAGGCCAGCGCCGAGCCUCUGUACCUCGGCAACGCCGGCACCGCUUCGCGCUUCCUGACGUCCGUCGUGGCCCUCUGCUCGCCAACCUCCGUCUCUUCCACCGUCCUGACGGGCAACGCGCGGAUGAAGGUCAGGCCCAUCGGCCCGCUCGUCGAUGCCCUCCGCGCCAACGGCGUCGGCGUCAAGUACCUGGAAAAGGAGAAGAGCCUGCCGGUCCAGGUGGAUGCCAAUGCCGGCUUCGCCGGUGGGUUGAUCGAACUCGCCGCCACCGUUUCCUCGCAGUACGUCUCGUCCAUCUUGAUGGCUGCUCCUUACGCCCACAAGCCCGUCACGCUCCGGCUCGUCGGCGGCAAGCCCAUCUCGCAGCCGUACAUCGACAUGACCAUCGCCAUGAUGGCCUCGUUCGGCAUCAACGUCGAGAGAUCGUCCGAGGACCCCAAUACCUACCACAUCCCACAGGGCGUCUACAAGAACCCUGCCGACUACGUCGUCGAAAGCGACGCCAGCUCGGCUACUUACCCCUUGGCCGUUGCCGCCAUCACCGGCACUACUUGCACCAUUCCGAACAUCGGCUCCGCCUCCCUCCAGGGCGAUGCCCGUUUCGCCGUCGAGGUGCUCCGCCCCAUGGGAUGCACCGUCGAGCAGACGGAGACUUCGACCACCGUUACCGGACCGCCCAUCGGAACGCUCAAGGCAAUCGAGCACGUCGACAUGGAGCCCAUGACCGACGCUUUCCUGACUGCCUCUGUUCUCGCCGCUGUCGCCUCGGGCACUACCCGGAUCACCGGCAUCGCCAACCAGCGCGUCAAGGAAUGCAACCGGAUCGCAGCCAUGAAGGACCAGCUCGCGAAAUUCGGCGUCCACUGUAACGAGCUCGAAGACGGCAUCGAGGUGACCGGGAAGCCGUACCAAGAACUGCAGAACCCGACCGACGGGGUCUACUGCUAUGACGAUCACCGCGUGGCGAUGAGCUUCAGCGUUCUCGCCACCGCCGCGCCGCACCGCGUUCUGAUCCUCGAACGUGAGUGCACCGCGAAGACCUGGCCAGGGUGGUGGGACAUCCUGUCCCAGGCCUUCAAGGUCCACCUUGCCGGGGAAGAGGACCCGACCAAGAAGCAGGUCGUACAGCCAUCCGGCUCGGGCACGGACCGGUCGAUCUUCAUCAUCGGCAUGCGCGGCGCGGGCAAGUCUACGGCUGGUCGGUGGAUGUCCGAGAUCCUGCAGAGGCCUCUGGUCGAUCUGGAUGUCGAAUUGGAAAGGAGAGAGGGCAUGACCAUUCCCGAAAUCAUCCGGGGCGAGCGCGGCUGGGAAGGUUUCAGGAAGGCCGAGCUCGAGCUCCUCGAGGACGUCAUCAAGAACCAGUCCAAGGGAUACAUCUUCUCCUGCGGCGGCGGCAUCGUCGAGACCGAGGAGGCGCGCAAGCUGCUCAUCUCAUACCACAAGAGCGGCGGCUGUGUCCUCAUGGUACACCGCGAUACCGACCAGGUCGUCGAGUACCUCAUGAGGGACAAGACCCGCCCCGCCUACUCGGAAAACAUCCGCGAGGUCUACUACCGCCGAAAACCGUGGUUCGAGGAGUGCAGCAAUUUCCAGUACCACAGCCCUCACCUGGAUGGCUCCGAGGCGCUCCGAGGCCCACCCGUCGACUUCAGCCGGUUCCUUUCCGUCAUCUGCGGCCGGUCCAGGCACCUGGAAGAGGUCCGCAAGAAGAAGCACAGCUUCUUCGUCUCGUUGACCGUGCCGAAUAUCUCUACAGCCCUGGAUAUCAUUCCCGGGGCCGUGGUAGGGUCCGAUGCGGUGGAACUGCGCGUGGACUUGUUGGAGAGCUACGACCCCGAGUUCGUCGCUCACCAGGUCGCCCUUCUCCGGUCGGUAGCCAAGAUCCCGAUCGUCUACACGGUGCGCACGGUUAGUCAGGGGGGUAGGUUCCCCGAUGACGACUACGAGCUGGCUCGCCGGCUCUACCAGAUCGGCCUGCGGACCGGCGUCGAGUUCCUCGAUUUGGAGGUGACCAUGCCGGCCGACAUUCUGGAAGCCGUCACCGUGUCAAAGGGCUUCACCCGCAUCAUCGCGUCCCACCAUGACCCACAGUCGAAGCUGUCGUGGAGGAACGGUUCCUGGAUCCCCUUCUACAACAAGGCGCUGCAGUACGGCGACGUCAUCAAGCUCGUCGGCAUGGCCGGUGAGAUUAGCGAUAACUUUGCCCUCACCAGCUUCAAGACAAAGAUGCUCGCUGCCCACGACACGCCCAUCAUCGCUCUCAACAUGGGCCCCGCCGGCAAACUUAGCAGGGUGCUCAACGGCUUCAUGACGCCAGUCUCUCACCCCGACCUCCCGGCUAAGGCGGCCCCCGGGCAGCUCUCGGCUACCGAGAUCCGGCAAGCGCUCGCCCUUAUUGGCGAGCUCGAGCCCAAGUCGUUCUAUCUCUUCGGCAAGCCCAUCAGCUCGUCGCGCUCGCCCGCGCUCCACAACACGCUGUUCGGCGCCACCGGCCUGCCGCACCAUUACUCGCUCUUCGAGACGGACAAGGCGUCGGACGUCCAGGACCUUAUCCGCGCGCCACACUUUGGCGGCGCCUCGGUGACCAUCCCGCUCAAGCUCGACAUUGUGCCGCUGCUGGACGACAUCUCCGAGGCCGCGCGCGCCAUCGGCGCCGUCAACACCAUCAUCCCGAUCCCCUCGGCGGCGAAGGGUGACAACAAGACGACCCUCCUCGGCGAUAACACUGACUGGAGGGGCAUGGUCUUUGCGCUCCGUUCCGCCGGCGUCGCCUCGCCCCCUGGCGCAGGCAUGGUAGUGGGCUCGGGCGGCACGACCCGGGCGGCCAUCUACGCGCUGCAUUCGCUGGGGUACGCGCCCAUUUACGUGGUCGCGCGGACGCCGGAGCGGGUGAAAGAGCUGGCCGGCGGCUUCCCCGCCGACUAUCGGAUCCAGCACCUCGCCACGCGCGAAGAGGCCGUCGCCGUCGCCGUCGCCGCGCGCCACGAACUCCCCACCGUCGUCAUCAGCACGAUCCCCGCCGACAAGCCUAUCGAUUCCGGGAUGCGCGAAGUGCUCGUCACGGCGCUGCAGGGCGGCGGGGCGGCGGGCAAGGAAAAGGGCGAACCGCGGGUGCUGCUCGAGAUGGCGUACACGCCGAGACACACGCCGCUGAUGCAGCUGGCCGAGGAUGCUGGUUGGGUGACGAUCCCCGGGUUGGAAGUGCUUGCUGCGCAGGGGUGGUAUCAGUUCCAACUCUGGACGGGCAUCACCCCACUGUAUGCCGAUGCGAGGGCUGCUGUUAUGGGUAACGAGUCCUCGUGAGCAGGGAUGGUGGGGAUCUGGAGAACGGAAGUGACGGGAGGAAAAGGAACGAAAAGAACAUGUCGAAGUAGUGUUUCUCAUUAUUGCUAUGGGCUACCGCAACGUAACCCUCAGCAUCGUUACG